AUGUCUGCCGCCUUGACUGUUUCAGGCCUGGAAUUUCUGGUAGACGAGACGACGGCGAAAGUGGUUAGGCUAACCCCAACUGAGCCUCCCCUUCCUGCGUCAAUUUCGACUUCAAAACUCCAAUUCUUCGCCUCUUCGUCUCUUCAACUCUGUUCCCUGGUCCUCUUCGACUGUCUUACUCGUCCCUUUUAUAUCUGUUAUAAUAAUAACUACGGCGGCCAAGGCUAUGGCCAAUAUGAUCCGUACAGCUCUCGACAAGACAAUAGAUACAAUAACGAUGUCGAAGCGGGUACCGGUCGAUACGAAAUGUCUCAAUAUGACCCGCCAAUCCAAGGAGGCUAUGAUGAACCAAACGACAAGCGUGCGAUCCUAAACCAAUGUAAAGAUAUUGAACAGGGUAUCGAUGAGGUAGAGAGGUACAUCGAGCAGAUCCAAGGCUUGUACCGACGUCUGCUCACAGAUGCGGAUCCCACCCGUGAGAAUGCCAUUCGUUCGCAGGCAGACGGAUUAGCCAACGAUGCGAAACGCCUUUACCAGAAUCUGGUCCAACGCUUGAAGGGCAUAAAACAGACUCCUGGUUCCGGGGAGAGCAUCAACAGCGCUCAGAUCGGAAGGGUCGAGCGGAAGCUAAAGUCCGCCAUUACAAAUUUCCAUGCCGUACAGUCUGAUUUCCGCAAGGACUUGGAGGCGCAAAUGGCAAGACAGUACCGAAUUGUGCGUCCUGAUGCUACUGAUGAGGAGGUAAAAGAAGCUGUCCAGGACCCAUCGCAACAACAAAUAUUCAGCCAGGCUCUUAUGCAAAGCGACCGACGCGGCGAUGCACAGAAAGUUUCACAGAUGGUGCGUGCCAGACACGACGAGAUCCUGAAGAUCGAACGCGACCUGCUGGAACUAUCGCAGAUGUUCCAGGAUCUCGAUGCUAUUGUCAUCCAGCAGGAAGCCGCUGUUGAACGAAUCGAUGAUCAGACCGAACAGAUCCAUAAUAAUAUCACAAAGGGUAAUGAGGAAAUCGGCGGUGCUAUCAAGAAGGCAAGGGCUCGCAACAAGAAGAAGUGGAUUUGUCUGGGCAUAGUAGGUGAGUACGAUCUUUUUUAA